CUGAGAGUUCAGUUUGCUCUGUACUUAAUCUGAGUACAGUCUAAAAGAAAUAGUUAGACAUUAAAGAGAUUUCAUUUGUGAUUUCUCUUUCUUAUGGCUACAGAUGAGCUUCUGUAUUACAACGGAGCAACUGCAGAUGCAAGCAGCACCAGUGCUGAGGCAGGAAAUAGUGCGCCUCAAGUAAAUGACGUGCCCAAAGCUGAUGCAGCUAAAUCCAGCAUGGAAGAGCCUGAUGAAGAUGAAGCUCCAGACUCAGAGGAGGUGGCGGCGGCUGUGAAACCCGCUCCGGUCCCGGUCCAGCGUGCAACCAAAUCCCAUAAUGCAUCAGCACGCAAGCGGAGCAAGCCCGUCUCUGCCUCAAAAAAGAGAUCAAGAAACCUCCGUCCCUGA